UAAGAGGUAGACCUCAUGGGCCAAAUGACUUGCCUAGGGUCACACAAUCAGGAAGUAUCUGCAGCCAGAAUCCAGAAUCCUUCUGAUUCCAAGCCUUGAACUCCAUUAUUGUGCUACCUAGCUGUCCCUUAUAUUAUGCUUUCCACCUUAAAACAUGAAUAAUAUGGUGCAAUGUUAGACCAAACUGUGAAAAAAAAGUUCUUCCUGAACAAUUUCUUUCAUUCACUGGAGAACUAUUUAGUCAUUUAAAAAAAACUACCUGUAUUACUAAGGCUCGACCUAUCAGAAGCCACUUUGAGAAUUCUGAUUUAUGAUGUCAUCAAAGAAGUGAUAUCCUUUUGACUUCAAGACUCAGUCUAUUUUGUCUAAACAAAAAAGCCUUUGGAUCUCAAGAUGCCGUUCUACUCUAUUACAGAGAAUAUUUUGGCUAAUCUGGAAAGUUUCCCACCUUUUCCAUACAGACGUGUACCAAAAUUAAAAUCUCCUCAACAAAUUGAUUAUGAGCAACUAGAAAAGUUAUGUGAAAUCAAAGGACUUAAAGCUGGAAAAAAAUCUCGGAGCACUGAAGAAGCACAUGAACUCUUCAUGAAAAAUUAUAAAAACAUUUUCCAGAAAAAAAAGGUUAUCUUGCCCUACAUCCCAUUGCCACCUCCCAAAAUGGUAUCCUCUCAAACAACUGAAAUCAGUGCCACUGAAGAUUUUCACAAUAUUAGCAAUUAUCUUAAAGAAAUUCAUGGUAACUCAGCCCGAGAGCUUGCACAACAAUUUAAGAACAAUCUAGAAGAACUCAUUACUAUCUUGAAGAAAUUCAAUUCUGAAUAUUUAACACCACAUGUUGUAUACAUCAUGCGUAUGCAAUUAAAGAAGAUUGAAGUCUGGACAUGCCCCAUGUACAGGACUCGUGGAGAACGUCACUUUGUAUAUAAAAUGAUGAUUACCAUGCCUGAUUUAGCAUCCCAAUUGACGCAAGAAGAUUUCAAGUCAAUUAGUCAAAAUAUCACUGCUGAAACCUGGUCAAAAGGUAGCACAGUAGUUGCACAUGAUGGUUUUUAUGUCAUAUUGAGAGGCACUGUCCAGCCACAGUGCAGAACGUACAAAAAAAUGAUUCAUUUAGAACCUUCAGAGUUUUACAGUUUGACACCCUCGCCAUGUGAAUCUGUAGAAAAAGAAGAUUCUUUUAAGGAGGAUGCAAUGGCAGAUUAUGAAGCUAUAUAUCCAUUCUUAAUGUCACUUGGUCCCUGCAGUGGCUUUGGUACAUUAGUAGAGUUGCCUGAACCUGAUUUGGAUUCAAACUUGUACACCCUUAAGAUGGAUGAAGAUUGUGAACUUCUUAAAAUCAAUGCAAAGGACUAUGCCAAGAUUAAAAGGGAACAAGCUAAAGUAGAAAAAAUGAAAAGGGAGAAGCUAAUCCAUAGGUGCCCCAAUUAUAAAAAUUGGCCUAGACUUUCUGUAAGUGAAUUAACUGAACACAUUAAAUGGAAGCGAUUCCCUCCAGGACAUGUAUUGGUGACAGAUGGAGAAAUCAUUUCAUUUGUGGCUUACAUCCAUUCCGGAUUUUGUAAAGUUUAUAAAGAUGUUAUUGGACUUAUGAAAUAUCAACUAAAGAAAAUGAAAAAAAAGCGUAGGGAUGUUUUUAUGGGGAAGCUUCAGGAGAAUGAAUCCUUUGGUGAGAUCAGUGUGCUUCUUCAAAUACCUUUCACAUGUACAAUCAUUACUGGAUGCGAUGUUGAACUGGGAAUUAUCGAUGCUGAAGAUAUAUUAGAAUUAGACUGGGUGACCCAGAAACUUUUGGUUCAAACAGCUGAACAAACCUUUGGCUAUCUCACAGAAGAGGAGGUCCAAAAUGAAUAUAUAACACGGCGACAACAUAAGGAAUGGAAAAGAUUCAAGAACAAAACAAUGCAGGAUUCUUUGGAUUACAAAGGAGUUAAACCUGAGAAUAGAAGAUGGUGUCAUUUGUGGGCAAAAAGAGAAAUUGGAGAUAAUUCAGUUUUCUAAAUGCUAACUGACUGUUAUUUAAGGGACACCAAUUCCCAAGAAACUUGGAAAUUGCAUGCAGGUUAUAUCUUC